CAGAGGGAACAUAAGUAAUAUGCAUUUGAUUUUUAGUAAAUUUUGGUUGCAGGCACUACUGCAACAGUUGCAUACAGAACAUCAAGAGUCAACAACUUGUACACCGUGCUUAGCUCAGUCAGUACAUACAUCUGUACUCGGUCAUUCUUUUAUGCAUAUCACAUACAUAUCAGUAUACAGAUAGUCGGUCCAUUUGUUUUAUUGCUUCGAAAUUAGCUGUCCACGCAGAUCUCAAAUAAGGAACGUACCGUGAGAAGUGAUCGAUAUUAAUCAAAAAUGAUGGCCAUAUUUCCAUAUUACAUUAUAUUGUUUCCCCAGCUUGGAGACAUUGUGUGUCAUGUGCAACUUGCAUUCUGUAAAAGUUCGCCCAACUGAAAAGUGGUCAGUGGUCACCACCACCGCUUUUGUCAUUUAAAUAUUGCUUGUAUGGGAAGCAAAAGUAUAUUCCUUUAGUGGACAAAAUGAACAAAAAAUAAUUAAAUAAUAUUAACGCACUUGGUGGUUUGUGUUACCAAGAAGUGUACUUGAUCUCGAAAUUUUGUCAAUCUCAUGCAGUAUUUUAAAUAAAAAUGUGCAUAACAUUACCGUGCGGGUAUUCGUCACAAACGUUGGCCAAAGUCAUUGCCUACAGUGAAAUUGCAAUUAACUUUGUUGCAAUCACACUGUGCAUGGUGUUUGCCACAAUCCUAGAAGCCAGACCUGAUUUGCUGAGUCAAGUAGCAAAUGAGAAGCCCACAGAAAAUCAGGAAAUCAUUGUGCUACUGGAACUACCUCAUGUGGCACAAAUAUGCCUCACUUUAUGGAUAUUUAUGAACCUCGUCACGAGUUUGGUUCUGAGCAUCGUGCUGCUUCGUGGAGCUCAAGAGCGUAAUUUGGGGAAAGUGCGCGUAUGGUUCAUCUUUACGAUCAUUAGCCAUAUUGUGUGGCUCCCUAUCUUAAUUUUCUGGACGACCCAUUCUUCGGAACCCGUGAACGCCAUAUUUACAACGUUGAUGAGCUAUAUUUUUGGGGGUUUAUCAUUGUGUGUUAUUUACUCCUUCAUGGAAGAACUUAAGAUUGAGAACAUUAGUCAUCGUCCAGGAUAUAAAAAUCACCACGUCGCAUUCAAUAAAAUAUGACACGGCUCUAAGACCUAAAUUGCAUACAUUUAACGUGUAACGCGACUAUAUUUUCAGCACGGUCACAAAUAAACAUUUAGAUUUUUAGUACAAAUGUAAAUGCUAUAGAAUGCAACAGAUGAACAUCGUUUUUUGUAGUUAACAAUCACUCCUUAGUUUUUAAGCUAUUUUAUGUAUUUAUUUAUGUAUUAAUUUAUGUAUCUGUAACAUCAACUUGUACAACACUUUUUCAGCCUAUAAAUAUAUUUAAGCUUUUUAUUUGAUAUCUGUGGAAAGGAAAGACUGCACUGCAACAAGCAAGUACGCAUGAGCUUAUUGAUUUUAUUUAUUAAUUUUUGCUCGUGUCUUUUGGAAAUAAAUGUUGAUUUGCUACUAAGA